ACCGUUCCAUAUUACAGAACUUGCCACCAUUACACGGAUGCAUGAUCAGGCCCAGCACUGACGUCCCAAAUUCGAGCGUUAUCAUCGCACCUUUCAGCAGUCGAAACUGCGGAAUUAACGCAUAGGAACGGAGCCCCGACGUGCUCCCUUUCUAGCUUGCUGUAGUCAGUGCGCAAGGUGUCCGGAACCAAAUCAUGGCCCCUUCGCAGAGGGUUCUCCGGCCCCGAGCGACCCAGCCGGCUUCGGAGGCACCUGUCCAGCCCAAGGCCAAGCGAAUCAAGCGCGUGCGAACGGCGCGGUCUGCGGAUCCGGAGCAGAGCGAUGCAGCGGCGUACUCAUUGAAGCUCCCACUUGAGCUGAUCCUACUCAUCCUCAAACAGGUCGACUCUCCCCGCACGCUUGCUGAUGCAAGUCGUGUGUGUCGCACUCUUCAGCUCGAAGCCGAGCGUCUCUUGUAUCGAGAAGUAUACGUGGGGCGCGUUCCGCACGUUCGCGGUCUGCACCGGGCUCUUACGAAGGCCUCCAGACGGGCAUCCCUCGUCAACGUAUUCAAGGUUAACGACAAUGGGCGCAUGACUCCCGUGAUUCCGCUGGUGAUCGAGAUACUCCUCAUGCUCACAAAGCUCGAGCACUUGGAGCUCAACCUUCUUGCAAACCACGAGAGGCCCGCGAUCUUUACCACCGUACUUCGUGCGCUUGCACAGUGCACGUUCAAACUCAAGUCGUUCGAAGGCUGGGUCACCUAUGAUGGUGACUUUGUUCACUUCCUCCGACGGCAGACCGCCUUGGAAUCACUGUACAUACAAGGUCUCAGCACACCUGCCUGGAAGAUACCACAAGAUGCCCUCCCAUGCCUCAAAUACGUGCAGACGUAUCAAGAGCUCUUUGCGCACAGCAUCUGCGCCCCUCACGCAAUUACGCAUCUCGAUCUCACUCUUUAUGGAUGGGAUGAGCGGGAUCUCAACGAGUUUCUUCGAGUGGUACGGCACCAGCUGAUCAGCCUCAAGUGCAAACGAUCGUCCUUAGAGGUCCGAACUCCCGUUUGGUCCCUGUUGUCGAAUACGAUCAAUUGCGGGCUCAUGCCAAAUUUGAGGUAUCUCGAGGUAGAAGACGGCAAUGAUGCCAGCGUAUGCACCCACUUCCCAUGCCACCGCAUUUAUUUCGUUUUUACUAAUGCUCUCCACAGUUCCUGCCGUGCUCAGAUAAUGGUCUCAUGCAGACGGGUAGGGACAACGUUGCGCUGGAGACGUUCGUUUGGUCUGCGGUGUAUAACGACCGCAUGUAUCUCUUACAAGACGAUGACAACAACGCCGCCGCUACCAGCUGCAAUCGGCUGGCUUCUGUCCGUCCCUGGGCGAAGAAGAUUCUGAAGACUUUCAGCUCUUUGCGCCGUUUCUUCUAUGUCGAGCUAGAGAGGGAAAAUAGCAGCCUACAGACGAACUUCGUGAGGUUGUUCACGUUAACGCCUGAUGAUAGGCUUGUGGAGGAAAGGAAAGGGCCGAGGGACUUACCUAUUUGGAGUGAUAUCUAAAAACAUUAUGGACUCGGGUGCUCCGUGGGCUUUGUGUCUAUGAAAAUUGAACGGAAACUCGUCCUGA